AUUCUCGUCGAUAUUUGAGAACAUUUUCUGAGUUUAUUUGGAUAUUCUUAUUUAACGUUGAAUAUUUUUGAUAAAGUAUUAAGUACAGCUCAAACUGAUGCCUGUUAUCAUCAAGCUUAAAGGCAUACCUUGGCAAACAACGACUCGAGAAGUGAAAACGUUUUUUCGCGACUCAAAGUUGUCAGACAGCGACAUACACUUGGCGACACACGAGAAUGGCAAACCUUGUGGUAUUGGAUUUGCCUGUUUUUACGACGACGAGGAUGCACGUAGAGCCAUGGAAAAGAACGGUGCGUACAUUGGCAAGCGAUAUGUUGAACUGUUUUUAAGUAGCCAAACAGAAAUGGAAAAAGUGUUAACUGAAAGGGCACCCUUGCCAUCAAGGGGCUCGUCUAAGACUGGUCGUGGAGGUGGUAGCUUUGGUAUUAGUGGACGGAAACGUUCACGGGAUCGUAGCAGAAGCCCUCUUGAUCGACACGGAACAAACUUUGAUGUGGGAGUUGGGAACAAAACUUCAGUAGAAAAAAGAAGUCGAAGUCCUCUUCGAACAAGUAAGGGGUCUUUAUUUGGGGUAGGAAAAACAGGAAUUAAGAGCAAGGAAGGCAAAUUUAGAGGUGGGGGUGUAAGAGGUCGUGGUAAUUUUGGACGUGGUUCUAGGGGUAAGAGAGGUCGGGGAACAUUUAGAGGAGGGAAGGUUUCCCAAUCUUACACAAGCACAUAUUCUGAUGAUUCAUCUAAAGGAAGGGCUUUCCAAUCUGGACAAUUUUCCAUUGAUGGAAACUCAGUUUUAGGAAACAGUGACAAAGGUCUUUUUCUUAAAUUAAGUGGACUGCCAUAUUCUGCAAAAGAUGCAGAUAUUCAACAGUUUCUUAAAGGCAUUAAGACAGCUGCUGUUUAUAUUAUUCCCAAUAAGGAAGGGAAAUAUGCUGGAAAAUCCAGUGGAAGUGCUUUUAUUGAAUGUGCCUCCCAUGAGGAUUGUGAACGUGCACUAAAAAGAAAUGGGAAGUUCAUAGGUAACAGAUACAUCCAUGUUGUCACAUGUUCCAUUCAGGAUAUUGUGUCAACACUAAAUAUUGAUAUGAACUUGCUAUCGGGUUCGUUUUCUGGUGACAGUGGUGGAAAUACUAGUGGGUAUUCCUCAAAACCAGCUGAAUCAGUUGAAGUGGACAGCUCAUUGAGUAUGGUGGCAGAAAGUGCAAACAUCAAUUUGGCUGACAUCAAAGAUGGAUGUGUUGUUGGCAUCAGGAAUUUGCCUGUAGCUACAACACCAGAUGACAUACUUGAACUGUUUAAAGGCUUCCCUGCAAUACCAGACUCUGUGAGGAUCCAUUACAUUGACGCCAACCGCUGUUCAGGAGAUGCUAUGAUUACCUUAGUGAGCAAUGAGCGUGCAAGAAGUGCUAUCAGGCAACUGAGUGGUAAGCUACUUAGUGGAAGAAAAAUCGAGAUGUUCCUGUUGUAGGUAUUUAAAUCCAAGAUGUUACUGUUAUCGAUCAAGUAACUUUUUCCCAGUUAAAAUAGUGACUAUGUUUUUGUGCUAAAUGAAGAUACUUACUCCUCAGCCUGUCUUGCUCAUUAUUCCCACAAGGUAUUGAAAAGUACUGUAUGGUCCUGUAGGGUGCAAUUAUAAUUCUAGUAUUUCAGAGUAACUCAUUUAACUCUAUGGAAAAAGUAAAAGAUGAAGCUUUGUUUAUUGUUUAAAGGCAUUUCAUGACGCUAGUAAGUUGUAUGUGCUUUUUCUAACAAAAUUUAUGGUUUGCAAGAGCAAUGAUAAUAUUUUUGCAGUAUGUUUGAGAUUACUCACAAUCAGCGAUUUAGUAUAUUAUUUUACAUAGAGUUUGUGCAUCACCAAUGCAUUCUUUGAGGAUAGUUAAUUUUCAAUGUCAUUGUUGAUGUAUUGAACUAAGAAUUGCUUAUUAGCGUUAAAAUCAAACAAGUGUCUGGAUAAUAUAAAUGUUUCAUGCAAAGAAAAGGGCUGGUGUGAGCUGCUGAUGCAUUUAAUGCGUUGUAAUUGGGCCAGAUUUUAAAUAGAUUUAGUGACUGCAAUGCCCGAAGCAACAAUGAAAUGAUUCAAAAAGUCGACCACCUAUAUAUGUGUAAAUGUUCACAGCAAUUCCACGAAUACAGCUUUCAAGACCACGUAUUAAUUGCAUAGAAAUAAGUUAUGCUUUCUUGGGCUCGUUGAUGGAACUAGUUUCCAUGUUGUACGGAAAGUUUUUCCGCAGCUUUUGAAAGUUGGAAGCCCAUGUCAAAGACAUAGAGGGAAUAGUGCUUCAUUAAAGAAACGUUUCUCAAGCAAUUUAGGCAAUCUCGAUGUCAAAGCAUAUUGCAUAAGCUAUUUUCAUGUGAAUCAGCCCAGACAUGAGAAAAAAGUGAAAUAACCAAAGCAAAUUAACUUGAUAACCGGAUGUAACGUUUUGAGAAAUGAAGUAAAACUUCAUCCAGCAUUUCAGGCGCUUUUACAUGCAUUCGAAUCAAACUUGCCGCCGUUUAACUAUAAUUAUAAAGGAAGUAUUAUCGUUUGAUUAAAUAUAAAUUGUUGGUGCCUUUGAAAAAGCCAGUGUGUUCUGCCCAUACCUUUGAUGCAUGAAAAUUGGUCAGACUUUUAAUCAAUUUUGCAACGUUUGAAGCAGCCGUGAAAUGAUUCAGAAAUGUAUAUUCAUGAAUUUUAGUUUCUUCAGUAAGUCGGCAUCUAGUAUAUGUGUAAAUGAAAAUGGCAUUUCCAGGAUUAAAAAGGUCAAGACCACGUAUAAACUGCAGAUUAUUUAGACAUUUUAUGUUCAUUUCUGGUACUAUUUUCUAAGUUGUAAGGAAGUUAUUUCCGUAAUAUUGUAAAAUUGGAAGCCCUUGUUAAAGAAAUUGUGGUGAAGGCGACGUAAAGUGUCAAAAUGAACCGUAUUCUCGAACAAUGUAGGCAAUCUUCACAAAAGAAAAUUGCAUAAGUUUUUUCAUGUGUGUAAGCACAAGGACAAGCGUAAAGAAAAUGUCAACUUGCCAAAUCAAAUUGACUUGAUAGCCAGGUAAAUCUUAUUGAGAAGUGAAGUCAAAUUGAGCAACUGCAAAGAAAAAAGCAACCAUGAAAUAAUUCAAAAUGUAAAUUCGUGAAUUUUUGCUGCUUCAGGAAGUCGGCCAUGUAGUAUAUCUAUAAAUGAAUCAUAGCAUUUCCUGAAAUAAAAGAUCAGGACCACGUAUAAAUUGCAUAGAACUAACUUUAUGCUUACUGUGGUUCUUUGUUGAAACUAUUGCACGGAAAUUCUUUCCGUAGUAUUCUUACGUUGGAAGCCCUUGUUGGAGAAAUUGAGGGAAGACGAUGAAAAGCUUAACGUCUGAAAUGUUCUCAAGCAAUGUUCGCAAUCUUUGCAACAAAGCAAAUUGCAUCAGUGAAUAUGUGUGUAUCCCCACCAGCACAAACUUGAAAAAUAUCAAACAAGCCAAAUCAAAUCAAACUGAUUAACCGUAUUGAGAAAUGAAGUCAAACUUCAUGUAGCAUUUCAGGCACUUUAACAUACAUUCGAAUUAAACUUGCCACAGUGAAACUAUAAUUUCAAAAUGAAAGGAAAUGUGUCGGUUUGAUAUAGCAUAAAUGUUUCAUGCCAUUGAAAAGCCUAGUUUGAGCUGCUGAUGCGUUAUAAUCCGCUAUAAUUGGUGCGAUUUUUACUCAACUAAGCCACUGCAAAGUAUGAACAACCAUCUGAAGCAACCAUAAAAUGGUUCGAAAAAGUCAAUUCCUGAAUUUUGUUCACUCAGGAAGUCGACUAUAAAUACAUAGGAAUAAAUUAAUUUAGCUAUAACAGGAAUUCAAAGUUCAAGAUCACGUCUAAGUUUCGUAGAAACGUAUUUAGGCAUUCCGUGGUUCAUUUCAGGAACUAAUUAUUUAAGUUUUAUGGAUUUCUUUCCCAAGUGCUUGAAAGUUGGAAGCCCUUGUCAAAGAAACACAGGGAAAGACGACGUGUAAAGUAUCAUAAAUAAAAUGUAUUCUCAAGCAACAUAGGCAAUCUUCACAACGAAACAAUUGUGACAAUUAAGUUAUUUCAUUUGCAUUUACACAAACGUGAGAAAAGUCAAAUUAGUGAAACUAUCUACAUUAACUUGUCAACCUUUUUUUACUACUUUCGCGUAAAUUGUGUACACUUGAAUCGCGCAAGCAAUAUUUUAACGUUUAUUCAUUUUUCAAAAUAAAGAAGUCGCAAUAAAUCUGUUGCGUUAGAUCA